AUGAGCGUAUUUGAUCCUCAUACGAAGCAUUCGAACCCGCUUCCUCUUCCAGAAGCCGUCAGCGAUCCAACUGCAGCUGGUGAAACUGCAGCAAACCCCCGUGGCAAAACUCGUCAGUUGUUACAGAGGUUCAAGAAAAAUGUAACUGAACAAAUAUCCCGCUUCAUCAGCCGUGGACCUACCCAAAACCUCAAUCAUGAGGGUGCUCCAUUGACUCCGAAUAUCGAGAAUACCCCCUCUGGUGUGAAAGAAGGUGUUGUUCCCAAAUUGGCGGUCGCGCAAGUCCAGGGAGUCCCUUCUGUCGUGAAAGAAUCAGUGGACGCGGUACUUCAAGCUGCCGAUAAAGCUGCAGUUAAUAUGAAGACCCAUUCACCCAUGGAAGUGCAGAGCAGGAGCGCAGCGGGCAGUGAAGUGGUUCAAAUCGGCUCUCACAGGUAUUUUCAUCGUGCACCAAAACGCUCAAACACAUCCCAAGCCAAUCUUGCUGCCCCUGUAGCAGGAGGUUAUCGGGGCGGCACCCGUAAAGGCCUUGAUUUGACAUUUGGUGGCCCCGUAUGCACUCAAGCGUAG